UUAUAAAAAAAAAAGAUUUAUUUCAUAAAAACGUCAAAUGCUAUUAAUAAUGUGUUGUUUACUUUUACUUCAAUCUAUUUUUGUAAUUCUUCAUCAAACUCACAACUGUGGAGACUCAAUAAUUAGUGCACAUAAUCUAAACAAUUCAACAUAUUUUUUUGGAGGUAUUUUUCCAACUCAUCGUAGAAACGGGGGGUCUUAUAUUCUUAAUGAAGGACCAAUAUUAUUGGUAUCAUCGAUGAUGUUGGCUAUUCAAGAAAUAAAUGAUAGCAAAAACAUACUUCCUGGCAUAAUUUUAGGAUACGAUAUACGUGAUUCAAGAAACGAAGUUUUGUGCGCAAGUGACCAUGCCUUAAAUUUUUUAUUGGAUAAAGACAAAAAUUCAGCACUUAUCGGAGUUGUAGGACCAGCCUCCAGUUCCUUGAGUGCUGCUGUAAGUUCUAUGUUGCUACCUGAGUUUAUUCCACAGGUAUCCUAUGCAGCAACAAGUAUAUCGUUAUCGCAACGUUUUAUUUAUCGUAAUUUUUUUCGUACCACUCCUACGGACGCAUAUCAAGCAAAAGCUUUAAUUGAUUUAAUAGAUCAAUUUCAGUGGAGCUACAUAUCGCUUUUUACUUCAAAUGACGAAUAUGGCCGCUUCGGUCGUGAUGAAAUUCGUAAAGCAGCAAAGGAAAAAAAUAUUUGUUUUUCUGUAGAAAACACAUUUGAUUCAGAUUUUUUAAGUAACAAAUUGAAUUCUAUUUUAGAACGUAUUGAGCAAAACUCACGCAUUGUAGUACUAUGGUGCGAUUCUCAUUUUGCAGUAGAAAUCAUCACCAAAAGUAUAUUACGUGGCAUUAACAAUAUCACUUGGAUAGGAACUGAAACUUGGGGAAACGCUUUUUUGGAAUAUUCUGUUCAUAAAUCCACACACAACAUUUUCAGUUUGCGACUAAAAGAAUAUCCAAUAAACUUCGUCAGCAAUAAAAUUCUUAACACUAACAUAACAAGCGAAAUAAACUGUAAUAAUCCAUGGUAUAAACAGUUUUUAACCAAAAGUAUUAAAAACAAACAGUAUUGUGAUGCUAAUCUAACAAAUGUAUUAUCAAGACGCAAAAUAAACCAAGUAGUUAGUGCAGUCUACGCAAUGGCUUACGGAUUACAUGACUAUUUACACUGUUCGUUUGAGAAAUGCGCCACGCCACCUGAAUCAAUUAACUAUCAAAGAUUAUACAACCAUGUGAUAAGCACAAGAUUUACUGUUCCUACAAGUAACUAUUUUGUUGAAUUCGAUAAAAAUGGAGACUUUCUUUUUCCUGCAUACGAUUAUGUGUUUGUUGAUAAAAAAAAAUUUAUAAAGUUUGGAAUCUGGGAGUAUAAUUUAGAUAAACCAACCACUAUAGAAAUAAACUCAAGUAUUAUUAAUUGGAAGUAUAACUUUAUACCGAAAUCUGUUUGCAGUUUGAACUGUCAACCAGGUACAUACAGAGUAAAUUCAACAAUAUCAAAAUGUUGUUGGAUUUGUGAAAUAUGCCCACGCGGUUAUGUUUCAAGUAAAAUUAAUCAGUACAAGUGUACAAAAUGUCCGAGAUCUUCCCGAGAAAAUUUAAACCAAACUCAGUGUGACAACUUGACUGAAAUUAGCUUAAAGGUUUUUAGCUUAGCUGGUUUACUAAUAACCAUUGGAUCAAUAUCAGGAGUACUGGGAACAAUUUUUUUAUUAAUUUUGUAUUUUAAACAUUGGAACAAACCAGUCAUUAAGAGUUUUAAUAGAGAGAUGUCGUGCAUUCAAAUUUUUUCUAUUAAACUUUUGUUGUGUAUUUCAUUUUUAUAUUUUUUUAAACCCAGCCCAAAUUUGUGUUUGUUAAGAACAUCGCUGUUUGGUUUUUUACUUACAACUGUUUUGGCUUUUGUUGUUGUAAAAACAUAUCGUUUGCUUCAGGUUUUUAAUGGAACAUUUACAAAACUUUCUAAGGUUUUAGAAAAUAAGUUUCAAAUUACCUUCACAUUUUCACUUGUUUUAUUACAAGCAGUGACUAUAUUUGUUUGGCAUAUCUAUAAUCCAACUACCGUACAAACAAUUUCUGACUCUAAAAGUAACAUAUUUUAUGUUAUCUGUGAUAAUGAAAAACCCAUAUUUUGGGUUUCGAUGAUAUAUUUUUUUGUACUGGCUAUUGUAAGUGGAUGCAUGGCAUUUCGCGCUCGCAAACUAUCUGAAAAUUUUAAGGAAACUCAAUCAAUUGGUUAUGCAAUGUUUACAAUUUGUGUUUUGUGGUUCUCUUUUAUCCCAAUUUAUUUUAGUGUUAACCCACUCGAAUCAAUAAUGGUAUUUUUAUGUCUAAACAUUGUUUCAUGCUAUAGUAUGCUUAUCUUUUUUUAUGGAAAAAAAAUCUUUUACAUCUUAUACUAUCCUAGUUUAAACAGUGCUGAAUUUUUUUAUUCCAGUUCUUCGCAAAAAGUUCUACACAAUUUUGUUGAAAAGGUUGUUCGUGACGAUGGCACUACAUUGAAUGUGGUGCGUAAUGUUGUCGUAUAUAACAAAAACGCUCUUUCAGAGACCAUUUGUUAGUGCGUAUCUUUUUUUGCUACAAGGUUCCAAUAAAUCGUUAAAGCAACAAAUAAAUUCUGUAUGCAGUCACUGAAUGUAUUUUU